AUGGCCAUCCGGCCACGGAAAAAACGGAGUCAAGUUGCCCGAGCCUGCGACUGGUGCCGUGUGCACCGAGUUAAGUGUGAUAGUGACCAGCCCUGUUCCAAUUGCAGGAAGAGGGGUGGGCAUUGUAGUAACAACGGAACAAACAAGAUCGCGACACUUCCUCAGGCUUUUCGAGAGAUCGAGAACCUGAGGUCACGGGUGGAAGAACUGGAGCAACAGCUUCACCAAGAGCGCAGUCGCGCCAAGUCCGAGGACGACGUUCAUCAACUUCACACGCCUCCGAGCCUGGCGCUCUCGGCGUCUCCCGAGCAGCACAGUGCUCGCGACAAUGCAGCAGUCGAAACCUACCCCCUCAAAAGGUUUUGGGAGGGCAUACAGAUCAACACAGCUCGGUCAUCGCAGAAGACGUGGUUUGGCCCCUCGUCUCUAUUCUUUUUCAUUGGACGCAUGAACAACUUUCUGAGCCUUGCCCUCCAUCAAACUCACUCAGCCAACCACAUGCUACCAAAUUCUGCGAGCAAACUAAUGGAUGGGCCAGCUACCCAUUCAAUGGACGAUCAAGCCCGCCGAAGCGCCACAGGCACAGCUGAAUCUAUCAACGCGGGCAAAUAUCUGAGCCCAACCCAAGAAGAGUAUUUCCUUGGUCUUUUCUGGCAGUCUUACCAUACGGCAUACCCGAUCUUGGAUGAGAUCGAGUUCAAGGAACAUUACAGGUCCUUGUGGACAACGUCGAGUAAGGUCCGAAAGCCAUCCGCACUCGUUGACAUCGUCAUCGCUCUGUGCAUGCAGUAUGGCAUGGCCUUAUUGCGGGAUGCUAGGCGCGAGAUCAGUGCAGCGUCCAGAGCGACGGUGGACAAUAACGAUGCGACCAUCUCUGGGAGGUGGCACUAUGAACGCAGUCAGACACUGCUGGCAUCAGACCUAGAGAGCCCUACGAUUGCGACUUUACAGUGCCACAUUCUAUCAUCCAUAUAUCUUUGCUGUGGAUCGUUUCAGAACAUUUCCGAUGGCGCUUGCGCCCUUGCCGUCCGAACUGCUUAUAUGCUGGGUCUGCAUCUGGAUCCGCCGGAAGGCAUGCCGCAGAGACAAAAGGAACUGAGACGGCGUCUAUGGUGGGUGCUCUAUGUUCUGGAAAGUAAAAUGAGCAUGAAAUUGGGGCGCCCAUUCCUGACACACAGCUCGGCCACUGCGUGCAAUCUUCCGGAUGAUCACCACAAGACGGCAAUGUUAUCAGGGUCGAGUUUUGCCCCCCUAGGGGAGGAUGUCACCUGGCUCACCUGGAACAUCCACAACACCAGGUUGAUGUUGGUCGCUCGUGCGGCCCACACCGCCUUAUAUGACAAAGACCCCAAGACCCUCAAUGUGCCCUGCACUGCACCGAAUAUCUGGGAAGACUCGCGACUUCUGGAGGCCUACGCAGAAUUUAUGGCACCGCACAUGAAGCAACUAGCAGACUGGGCGAGCGAUGUACCAGAUGUGCUCAGGACAGGACGGCAAGGCGGCAUCCCCCUUUCCACCGACAGAUCAAUACUCGAUAUUGAACAAUUCGCGCCACUGUGGCUUCAAAGACAGCGCUUGCUUCUGGAAUUACUAUUUCACAAUCUAAGCCUUGGUUUAUAUCGCCCCUUCGUCUCAUUUAUCCCAGCAGCAGCACCAACUCCUUUCGCCAGCAGAAGCGCGACGAAGUGUGCCGAGCACGCGAUGGCACUGACACACAUCAUGCACCAGGUUAUAUGCUCGACAGCAAUCCUUGCAGGCUGGCAUGAGGCUUUCCAGUGGCAAUGGAACGCUGCCAUGACCUUGCUUGGCUUCGUUCUUGCGGAGCCUCAGAAUGAUGUGACACCCUUUGCGCGGAAGGCCAUUGAUCUCUCAGCCGCUGUAUUCGAGACAUUUGGGGACAGCUUCGCCAUCGCAGCGAGCGCCGCCAAUAUCGUGCGGGAAUUAUGCGCCAAAAUCGACAUCAUCACAGAAAGGAGCAUGCCGAAGAAACCUGCUGCAAUACAGUUGCGGCCCGACCCUGUAGCCCAAGAAGUGGCACAGAUCCCACUAGCUGCUGGCUCUGAGCCGCUGCCAGCAGGCAUUGUCAAUAGUUUCGUGCCAGGCAUACAGCCGUACGAUGGGUACAUGAACUUCGAUAAUGAUGCAGCAGUGGCCAUGCAAGGCUUCCUAGAGCAAUCGAUUGACGCCAUGCUGGGGGUGGAAAUGUACAACUCGUUUGAUGCCGAUUUCGAGAAUCUCAUGUCGAAUGUCGGAAGCAACGACGAGUGGAGUUUCACGCAGCAAUGA